AUGGAGGGCUCAGACAGGGGAGAAGGGGAAAUGUUGCGCUAUGAGGAAACAGAAGAUGAUAAUGUCAGUCCCACUGACCUUUCGGAGCUGCUGAAGGAGGGAACUAAGGAAUCCCAUGACCGUGCAGAGAACACCCAGUUUGUCAAAGACUUCCUGAAAGGGCGGAUCAAGGAGGAGCUCUUCAAGCUGGCCACUGUGGCACUCUACUUCACGUACUCUGCUCUAGAAGAGGAAAUGGAUCGCAACGAGGACAACCCGGUCUUUGCUCCUCUGUACUUCCCCCUAGAGCUUCACCGGAAAGAAGCGUUGAUCAAAGACCUGAAAUAUUUCUAUGGAGAAGACUGGAAAGAGAAGAUCCAGUGUUCAGAGGCAACUCAGCAGUAUGUGGACAGAAUCCAUCAUGUGGGACAGAACGAGCCAGAGCUGCUAGUGGCUCAUGCUUACACACGCUACAUGGGGGACCUCUCAGGUGGCCAAGUGCUGAAGAAGGUAGCCCAGAGGGCCCUCAAGUUGCCCAGUACUGACGAAGGGAUCCAGUUCUAUGUGUUUGGCAACAUCUCCAAUGCGCAGCAGUUCAAGCAGCUCUACAGGGCAAGGAUGAAUGCUCUGGACUUGGACAAGAACACCAAGGAAAGGAUCGUGGAAGAGGCCAACCGAGCCUUCAAAUUUAACAUGCAGGUAUUUGAGGAACUGGACAAGAUUGGCAAGUCACUGACAGAAGAAGCCCAAGAUGGAGGCCUUCCCGUCCAUGAUGGAAAAGGAGACCUGCGCAAAUGCCCUUACUAUGCAGACAAGCUUGGUAAAGCAGGACCCAGCUGUCCCUUCCACGGUGCCAUGGCCCUGGCCAAGCAGCCCCUGGUGCAGCUGAUGCUGGCCGCCUGCGUCGCGGUGGUGGCAGGAGCUGCAGCCUGGUACAUCAUGUGAUGGGAGCAGCGGCGCGUGGCUCCGGACGUGGCAAGGGGAGAGACGCGCCAUGUCCGUUUUCCAGCCGUUCCCUUGCCACUGCUGUUGAGUUGACUGCAUGGUGGAAGUAAGAAAAUAAACAGGAAUCCUGUGGGACUGU